GACUCAGCAAAUAAGCAUGUGCCACGUCAUCACACGCUAGAAGUCCGAACGCUUCCGAGCUUGUGUGUCGGGAGGAAGUAAGGAAGUGGGCGGGGCGUAAAGGUGACGAAGUCAGAGCCAUGCGUGUGAACGAAGACACAGUGCUGAAGGGGCACAGGGUGCUGCUAGUCCCGUAUGAACCUCACCAUGUGCCCAGGUAUCAUCAAUGGAUGAAGUCAGAAGAGCUACAAAAACUGACUGCUUCUGAGCCAUUGACUCUGGACCAGGAAUAUGACAUGCAGCACAGCUGGAGAGAAGAUAAUGACAAGUGUACCUUCAUCAUACUGGAUAGAAUACAGUGGGAUCAAGGAUGUCCUGAAGAUCAGUGUAUGGUGGGAGAUGUCAACCUCUUCUUGGUUGACCCUGGAAACCCAUUAUUAGCAGAGAUAGAGAUCAUGAUUGCAGAGCCCAGUUUUCGUGGUAGAGGGUUUGGUGAAGAAUCUGUCCGGCUCAUGCUGUAUUAUGGUGCUACGACUUUGGGAAUCUCUACAUUUCAGGCUAAAAUAGGACAAGACAACUUAACAAGUGUUCGGUUAUUUAAUAGAUUGCACUUUAAAGAGGAUGAAAAUGACAUGCACGUAGACGUCUCAACAUUUGAGAGCUCAGCAAGCAAAAAAUCCAAAGCCAGACCUAAGACCAGACGUAGAACAGCACCACCCCUGAGCCCUUCCAGAUUAUCACAUCUUCACAAUCAAGGGGGUUGGUUCCAACGUAGUUUAAGAAGAUGACUCCAUAAACAAGACUUUGAAUGGGUAGAUAAAGUAUAAGGCCCCGGGAGGUGACGAUGAGGGAAUCCUCUGUAAGCAAGCUAGUGGCGCUGGGCUUGUAAUAUGGCAAUGCACCUGCACUUGGCAUGACUUCAACUGUAUUUGACGGAUCUGAGGACAUCCAGUUGGAGCUGCCACUGAGUGCCGCGCACUCACCUCUGCACUAGUCUCUCGACACCCCAACCUUUCUUCUUUGGUAUUUAUAUAAUUUUUUUAACUUAGAUAUAUAAUUAGUUGUCAUCUUUUAUAUUGUAAAUGUGUGACUUUGUUACAGAUGGCGACCUGUGCGUCAUCCCGAGUGACGUCCCGAGUACGAAAAAUUUCAGACACAAAGCAUACUCCCAGCAUGCACAAAGCAACCCAAUGUCAGAUAACUGGGAAAGGAAAAAAGUUAAUUCUCCAGCCCCAGCAAAUCUCGCCUGUUUUACCCAACAAGAAAUGCAUUGCUGUUUUAGUAACAUUAAAACAUUCCUUAUAUUUAAAGAUUCUAUAUUGAGAGGGAAUGUUCCACACGACUAGCGCUUAGCAAAUGUGAUACCAAAAAGGGGUCAAAAAGGGAUCCUGGGAACUAUAGGUCUGUAAGUCUAACAUCUGUAAGAUCUUAAGGGAUUUCUGAGAGAUUCUAUUCUGGAAUAUCUUAAUAAAAAAAUAACCUUUGCCAACAUGGGUUUAUGCGGGAUCGGUCCUGUCAGACUAAUAUGAUCCGCUUCUAUGAGGAGGUCAAUUAUAGUUUAGACCGGAGUCAAGUUGUGAAUGUUGUAUAUCUGGACUUUUCUAAGGCAUUUGAUACUGUGCCACACAAAAUAUUAGUACAUUAAAUGAGGAUGCUUGGACUAGGGGAGGAUAUAUGUAAAUGGGUUAGUAACUGACUCAGUGAUAGGAACCAGAGGGUUGGUAUCAAUGGAACUUGCUCUGAUUAGGUGAAAUUCACAAGUGGGGUACCACAGGGGGUCAGUACUAGGUCCACUUUUCAAUAUAUUUAUUUAUGAUUUUGUAGAGGGAUUACAGAAUAUAAUUUGGAGAUGACACUAAACUGGGUAAGGUAAUCACCAAAGAGGAGAAUAACAUAAUAUUACAGAGGGAUCUAGGGAAAGUAGAGGCUUGGGCACAGACAUGGUAAAUUAAAUUUAAUGUGGAUAAAUGUAAGGUUAUGCACUUGGGCCAUACAAACAGCAUGUACAAUUAUGUGCUAAAUAAAAGGACAUUAGGUAAAACUUCUACUGAAAAGGACAUUGGGUUAUUAUUGGACAUUAAACUUUAGUGUUAGCUGCCAAGGCUAACAAAGACAUGGGAUGUAUCAGGAGAGGCAUAGAGGCUUAUGUUAAGAAAAUAGUUUUGCCUUUGCAUAAAUCAGAUCACUGGAAUGUGGAAUAUUGUGUUCAAUUUUUUGAACCUGUAUAUAUGAAGGGCAUGGCUGAACUGGAGAGGGUGCAGAGAAGGGUGACAAAGAUAAUUGAAGGUAUGGGAGGAUUACAGGACCAAGACUGGUUAUCAAGUUUAGAGCAUAAAGCAGGAUAGGGAAUCCACUUAAAAUGAAUGCUAAUUGCUGGAGCUUCUCUGCAUAUAUUCAAUAGAGCAUAGUAGUCUUCUAAUAAUGCUCAAAAGACUUUAUUCCAUGUUAUGCAACAAUAUGUUUCAAAUCCAUAGCGGAUUCUUCGUCAGGAAAAUGGAUAAGAGAAAA